GUUUCUGAACACCAGUAACAGUAACAGUAACAGACAGCAGGAAGACAUGGCGAAACUCUGUGUUUAUAUCAACUGUGCUUUUGUGCUUGUGUUCGGGUUGUCCUCCGUGUCUGUCCCGGCUGAGGCUUCUCCUGAGCAGACGAAGACGGUGGAGUUCAACGUUAGACCGGGAGGAGUGGUGUACACAUUCUCCGAGGCAUUUAGGGAUUAUGAAUGUUCCUUCACUUACGCUUCACAAGGGGGAACCAAUGAGCAAUGGCUGAUGAGCGUUGGCCUGAGUGAUGAUGACACUCUGUUUUCCUGUUCUGUGUGGAGGCCUCAGGGGAAAUCUUACCUGUUUUUCACUCAGUUCAAAGCUGAACUCAAGGGAACCAAGAUUGAAUACGCCAACGCUUAUUCGCAGUCUGCAGCAGCAGGACACAGUGACGUUCCCUUGAGGCCGGAGGAAUUUGCCAUCAAAGACUCAACAGUGACCCACAACGAAGGAAGGUUCAGUGCUCAACUCUCCAAAUUGAUCGCCAUCGGACGGACACGACACGACGAGCUGUAAGCGGUCAGAAGGGUGACCUGGCUUUGUUCAUGCUGUGACCAGUCACGGCUCUGAGUUGGGGGCUCAGUGUCCGUCCCUCAUCAAUGAGGGGUGGAUUUGGAAAAUGUUCCUCCUAAAUGACAAGUCAAAAAUUGAAGUAGGACAAUACUGAUGCUCUGAUACGGCCUAUGCAGCAGUUUGUGUGUGGUGAAUUAUUAUUUUUUUUUUUUUCCAAGAUGGUAGAUUUAUGCUACUUUUGACAAAAAUAAUUAAACAGCAAGCAGCUGGUGGAGUAUCCCAUUUUCCCUCGCUCUCUUUUUUUUUUUUUACAUAAUGUCCUAGUUAAAUUUAUGCCACAAGAUUAAGUGUUUCCAUAGUUUGUGAGGCUCUUAUAUUUACAGCAAAUAAAUCUGCCCUGAUCCACCGGGGACGUAUGUGAAUGUAUAGGGGAUUGGAGUCUGGAGGUUUUGUUGAGUAUAGAUAACACAUUUAGAAUUGGGAAAGGAUUUAUCCAUCUUGUGUAAUCCUGAGAGGAAAGUGAGUAAUCCCCAAUAUCGUCAUGGCACACACAUAAACAAUUACAUUUUGCCCAGUCUCAUUCUGUUCUAAAGCUGCUGUUGAGCCAACGCCCCAGUCUCUGUUUAUCUUCAUCUGUUCCAGAUAACUCACAUUUGAUCCUCCAUAAUCACAAUUCAGUAUUAUUUGUGAUAAGUCUUUGUUUUGUGCUUGCUUUUUGGGCCAGAAGUGAUACUUAUCAUAUGGAAUUAAAGGUCCAGUUUAAAACAAUUAGUUGGGUUUAUGGUCAUAAACUGAAUAUACUUCUCAUAAGUGUAAAAAAAUACUUUAAAAUACCUUUAUAGUAAGAUUCCUACACACACGUUAGGCAGGGGCCUUACUUUACAGGCUGACAUUUCGCACUGCCAGUUUCUGUAGUAACCCAAAUGGAAGUAGCAGAAGCUUGCCAUGCAAACAAAAACGGCUCCACCCACAUAAACCAGAUGCAUAAACUAAUUAAGGAGAAAGUGGAGAGCGGAAGAAAGGAAAUUGUUCUGUAUUGAAAUCCUUUUUGUAAAGGCCACUGUAGUUUCCUGACACUUUUGGAUAAUGGAGAGGUGAAGGUAGGAGUCUCAUUAAUUCUUGCACUCUGGACACACUGAAGCAUUUGUAGCAAACUGUCAAACAAUACCAGUGCAAAGUUGUUGUUUAAAAACCUGAAAUUACAAAGAAAUAUAAAAGUUCUCAAACCUCCAAA